CUACGGUAUAUGUUUAAAUUUAAACUGUAGUCAGCCCAACCUUACAGCAACGAUACCGGCAGCGUCGCUGCGCAGCUCCGUUCUCCGUGUAUUUUUCUCCGGGCAGCCUGAGUUGUGGUGCAGCCUAUAUAUAUGCUUAAUACGGUACUAGGAGUAGCAUCUACGUAGAAACGGGCCCGGAGCCCAGAAAUGGAACGGGUCGCUGACGUCCCAGCACACGGCGAGUCCAAUCGGGACCCUUCUGACUUUGCUCUUACCAGUAAGAAUCUUGUUAGUUGCUACAUGUGCCGCCUAAUCAAGUCGCGCAACCAGCUCCCCAACGCGCAAUCAGCAUUGGGCUCCAGCUACAGCCACAGUCACAGCGUCACCUCACCCUCCACGCCCUCGUGUGGUGGUUUCGGAGCCUUGAGCGGCGCACAGCAGUACAUGGCGAGGUCUGUUGCCUAUUUGGGAAAUGCCGUCGGGCUGCCAGCGGCGCCUGGUUUGGGUCUGAUGGAUCCAGAUCACGUGCUACAUCGGAUCUUUGCGUACGAACCGCCAGCGCUGGACAGUUUGUGGGAUGCCGUACGAGCCGGCAAGACGUGGAGCGGUCUCGUCUGCAUGCCGUCACACCUAGAUCUCCGGGGCCUGCGGGACGCCGCCAGCGUCGCCGCCACGUCCACGUCACCAUGCGCCGGCCAACGCGCCCUCAGUGCGGCCGCCGACGCCACCGCUGCCGUCGUCCCCGAAAGCAUGCCAUGGAGCCAGGGGCUUUUGUGCGGCGGCAGUGGCAGCGGUGGAGUCGGUGGCGGCGCUGCCGCCGAUACGGACGUCGUGGGCUUGCUGCUACAGCAGCUGCAGCGGCACGGGAGCCGCACGGGCUCGCGGGUCGGUGGCGGCGCGACGGCGGCUACAGCUACGUGCGCCUCGGCGGCGGCGGUUGCUGUACCUGUCGGCUCUGGACGAGGGGUGGGGGAGGGGAGCACAGCUGUCGUUACUGCGGCCGCCGCUGGCUGUGGCAGCGGCGACAGCGGUGGCGGCGGCGGCGGGGGCUCCUGGGGAUUCGGCUGGGUAUCGCAUCUGCCGUCCGCCAGCUUGCCAUCGCCACAGGCGCCGCCGGCCGAAUGCAACGCCAGCGCCGCCGGUUCACUCUCUCCUGACGUGGUGGCCACUAUUACCGGGCCGCCGCCGCCGCGAGCUACUGCAGCCACAGCCGGCGGCAGUAGCGGUGGCGGCUGCAACAACAGCGGCAGCCGCGGCAAACCCGUUAUGAAGCUGCCGCGCAACGUCUCGGCACCCACCUUUCGCAGCGUUGCGAGCUCUAGUCGUCCUCUGCCGUCGGUACUGGAGGCGGAGGCAAGCUGCGGCGGCAGCGUUUGCGGCAGCGGAAGCGCCGCCGCCGUCAGCGUGGCGACCCUUCUGGCGCACCGUGCCAGCUGGAACGCCGACCAGACAUUCCCAGCCCAAGCUGGAACGUCGCUGUCAAACCGCCUGGCGCAGACGGAGUACGCCCUGAACGGUAGCUACCGCGCCAUGCGGAUUGCGGCGUCAGCGGCGUCUCAGGGCCUUCUAGGCCAGGGGCCUACUACUGCUUUCGAUGGCGGCGGCGGCGGGUGGUCGUACGGCAGCGCUGACGGCCUUCAGUGCUGCAGCCCCCGCGGCUUGGAUGCGUCCCUCGCGGAUCAGUUGUCGGGUCCCAAGUUUGUGCCGCCCCUGGUAGCUAAUUGCUACAUGGUGUGCGGCGGACUUGUAGAAGAGGACGCCGAGGGAUUCAGGUCCGUUACAGAGGCCGUGGAUCCCCUGCACGCGCACAAGGUCUUUGCAUUCGCCGCCGACAUGAUGCCCGGUACCGGCCAGUACGGCCUGUACGACUUCAACGUUGCCGGCCGAAUGGAGUCCAAGGGUGUACCUGGUGCCGUACACAUUUCUGCGGCCACGCGGGCCUUAUUGGGCGCCGCGGCCGACGGGUUUCUUUCCACGGUGGGAAUUCCCGUCAAGGGCAAGGGGUUCAUGCUCACGUACGUGUACGACCCGUGCGGCGUCGCUCUGCAGCGCUCUCAAACAGUCUCCCGAACUGGAUCAGCCGUGCCGGGUAUUGGUAGGGAAGGUCCCCAGGUCCCGGGGGGAGAAGCAUCUAGCGGUACACCGACAGAGGCGCCGCCUCCGUUGCCGCAAUAG